AUGGCUUCAAAGGCUGUGGCGAAAGCCGCAGGUGGUGCCAUGAGCAUUUCUAAGAAACAAACCCUCCAAUCGGUUGGUAUCUGGGAGCGUUUUAGACGCGCCUUCGCCAUUGACCCAGAGCGCUCCAACGGCGUGCCGCUGAACCCAUACUUUCGAUACCCAAGCCCCGGCCAGCUCGACCCUCACAGCUACGACGACCCGGUCACGAUCCCAGCGGGCGACAUAGCGGACAACCCGUACUGGAAGCGCGAUGCGCGCCGCAAUUACCCUCGCCUCAGCGUCGUCAGCCAGGCCGACCAGGUCGCUCUAUUGACGGUCGGCAAUGCGGUGACCCCGAAGGUCGAGCUCAUCGGCGAGGAGGGCAGCAAGGCUCUCGUUGCGGCAGCAGAGGAGGGCGAGCAGACGGGUCUCGCAGCGUUCAUCGAGAAGAAGGGCGCAGACGUCGCCAAGGAUGUAUUGGUUGACGGUCUACCGCCUCUGCCGAGCGGGCAGAGCCUACUCACGGGCAAGUGGGAUGUGCACAAAUAUGGUCUCUCGGAGCAGUCAUAUCCAGAGGAGUGA